UAGGGGGAAUAGUGUCGAGGGAGUCCGCUAGGUGGCUGAGGGCGGUCGUCAUGGCUCUCCAGAGGAACCUCAUAUUUAAGGGCUACGGAUUCGGCAUAAGAGCUGGAGCUUUAGCUGGUGUUCAGCAGCGUUACUCGUCUGACGUGCACUUCUUGACAAAACCUAACCUUUCUGCGAUCAAGAAAGGGCGAGGAGGCCGCUCUUCCUUCUCUGGGAAUGUGGCCACUGUGUUUGGCGCGUCUGGAUUCAUUGGACGCUAUGUGUGCAACAGGCUCGGGAAGACGGGAACCCAGAUUAUUAUUCCUUACCGAGGUGAUCACUAUGAUGUGCUGCGGCUCAAGUUAGUUGGUGACUUGGGUCAGGUACUCUUCAUGCCUUACAACCUGCGUGAUGAAGAGGCUAUACGCAAGGCUGUCAAGCAUUCCAAUGUUGUCAUCAACCUUGUUGGGCGUGAGUGGGAAACCAUGAAUUUUUCUUUUGAACAAGUCCAUGUGGAAGGAGCCGAGCGGUUGGCACGGAUUAGUAAGGAAAUGGGAGUUGAAAGGUUCAUUCACUUGUCUGCACUCAACUCCAAUGUUGAGCAUGAAGGUUAUUUUACUAAAGGUGGCUCCAAGUUUCUGAAAACUAAAGGUCUGGGUGAACAGGCUGUGAGAGAGGCCUUCCCAGAAGCCACCAUUCUUCGUCCCAGUGAUGUUUAUGGUCAGGAAGAUCGAUUCUUACGGUACUAUGCUGGUGUGUGGCGGCAUCAGGGCUUUGCCCUUCCUCUCCCCAAGGCUGGCAAAGACAUCUGGAAGCAACCCGUUUAUGUUGGUGACGUUGCUCAAGGGAUUGUUUGCAUCAUGAAUGACCCUGACACUGCUGGCAAAAUCUAUGAGGUUGUUGGACCCCGUCGUUAUGAACUGUGUGAGAUUGUUGACUGGUUCCACCGUAUUAUGCGGAAGGAAAACUACACACGUUAUGACAUGAAAUGGGACAUAACCUUCAAGUGGAGGGCACGCUUGACAGAGAUGCUUCCAUCGUGGCCACUUAACUCCCUCACCAGGGACAAAGUAGAGAGGGAAGCAGUAUCGGAUGUCACUACAGGUCUGCCCACUCUGGAAGAUCUGGGAGUCACACUUACAAAGAUGGAGGAUCGUAUGGAAUGGGAACUCCGACCAUUCAGAGCUGGCAACUAUUACGACGAGGAACUUGGAGAAUUUGAGCCCCCAGCACCUCCAAAAUAUAUUACAGCAAACUGAAUAAAUAUACAGUACACUAGGUAAAAGUAAUUAGAUGAAUAAAUAUGAUUUUGUAAAUUAGCCGUGUCAUUGUAAGUAUUUUUCUUUAAAUUGUCACUUGGUGUUUAUUUACUAAACAGAAUUAAUCAAUGACAACACAAAAAUUACUCACUUUAUUUGCCAAGAUUUCACAUGGAAUAUAUUACAUUAUUUAUAUGGAGAUAUUGUAAAUAGUUCUGUACAUGACUUUUUAUGCAGUUCAAUUGAUAAAAUAAAAAUAUUAUGUUUAAAA